UUUUUGAGUAGCAUUGCCACACACUUGCAAAACAGAAAGUGACUGACCUCAAAAAGUACGUUGUUUGUUAAUCAGAAUUGCUUUACUUUAUAAGGAAAACAACAUUAGAUAAGAUCGUUAUUAUAAAACAUUAAUGCAUUUUUAAUCUCGAGCUUUUGACCAAUACUAUUUAUUUCCAUAAAUACAUUUAGGAAAAAAAAAAAAUCUUAAUGCUGCUGUUAAGUCGCAUACCGUGUACCAAGACAUUAGAAAGUAUUGGUAGACAUCCAGGCUUGUUUAAGUGUGUUUUCGGAAGGAAAUCAUGUGAGUCUUCAGUUUCUGCUUUCAGUACAUCGACCCAAAAAAGAGAAGCUGCAAAACAGAAUGUGGUGGCAGAGACCCAUGGGUCUAUUAUGGCCAUUGGUAUUAACCGUCCGGAGGCGAGGAAUGCAGUAAAUCAGGAGACAGCCCAGCAGCUGCUUGAGACGUUCACUUCCUUUGAAAAGGACCCUUCGUUGACAGCCGCUGUAUUUCAUGGAAUAGGAGGUAAUUUCUGCUCUGGUUAUGAUUUGAAAGAGCUGGCCCAUCAACGAACCUCCAUUAAAUUGGAGCAAGAUGUCACAAAGGGUCCUGGUCCAAUGGGUCCAUCUCGAAUGCAGUUCUCCAAGCCAGUUAUCGCAGCAGUUAGUGGAUAUGCUGUUGCCGGAGGCCUUGAACUCUCUCUGUUGGCUGACCUGAGAGUGAUGGAGCAGAGUGCAAUUAUAGGGGUCUUCUGCAGGCGAUUUGGCACAAGACCUGAAAUUGAAAGACGCUUGUGUUGGAUCCUAACAGUGUGGAGACUGGAGAAAAUAUAUAAUGAAGAAGAAUCCGCCAGCUUUCUGUCUUUAUCCAAGAACCAGGUUAGAUCCAACCAAUGUGAGAGUAAAAAUAUCUGGUAUACUUGCAGGCCAUUUGGAAAAAAAAAGUCUGUAACAUAGUGUCAAAAAUGAGUUUUAUAAACGCUGUUUUGUACACAUUGUAUAGAGAAGCGCAAUGUUGUUAUAACAGAGGACUGUAUUUUGUAGACAUUAAUUUUAGAGUGCUUAAAAAAACUAAAAACAAAACAAUAACAGUUAAUAUAAAUAAAAAUGAUAAUUAAUUGUGCUGUAACAUUGAAGUAUAAAAGCAAUAAUACCCUCCACAUCAAGCAUUACCAGGCAUUAUGGACUGUCCCCAUUACACAAACGGUCCAUUAUGCCUGUUAAUUCCCACUGAGUCAGGUCUUAUUGCUUACAUAUCCUUCACUUAUACUGUAUUCUGUAAAAUAUACAGCCACGGGCACACCAAAGUUCGAGACUGAUUGACAGGGUCUGUUGGGUUUUGGAAUUUUCAUAAUGCAGUGUUCUAAUUUUGGUUUGAACGUUAUGUUUAUACACCUUGUAUUUUUGUGAGCAAUGGGUGGAUGAAAAAAUGGUCUGAAACAGGAAUUUAACCAAUUUGCAGGCACCCCCUUUUGCUCAAAGCAGACAAUGGAGAUUUAAGACCUUUUCCAGUUUCAGACAAUUUGUAUGACAGCGAAUUUCAUAUUCCGAACUGCUUUUAAACGUAUACAUAUCUGAAGUUAUUCGUAUCUCAAAUUUUGGCUUUAGAAUAGGAGCUCCUGCGCAAUUUAAGUAGCUGCUCUAUAAUUUAGAACAUUGUAACCUUGUAAGACCAUGUUGUAAAUGGCAGCAGUUUGGACUUCCACUGUUAUCGCCUUUUUAUUUAUUUAGUUUGUUUCUCUGCUUAAUUAUAGUUUAAUAUGUGUGUUGCAGAACUAGCUAGUAAGUACACAUAUAUUUAUUUUGACCUGUUUAAUUAUUAUUAUAAUUAAAAUACACACUUUUAACCCCCCUUUUAUGUUCAGAAUUUAGGUACGUCUGUUAUGUUUCGGGUCAUGGUCACCCGGUGCAAUUUCAAACAAACUGAAACAGCCUUGAAUUGAUAGAAUUUAUUUUUUCUUUGCAUAGCCUUUUCUCUUUUAUAUUAAAUAUUAGAGCUCAAUGUUAACUCUCAUUAUAAUAAACUCAGAUAUAUUUAAUUGAUUCAUAAUGUUAUGAGCAUUUUAUUACACAGAAACCAAAAUUGCACCUUUUUACAUUUGGAGAAGGGAAUAAAUGAAGCUUGAGCAUAGUGCAGAAUUUCAAGUAUGUUAAAAAAAUAAAUAAAAAGACCUUUUCAUGAAGUACUAAUUAUACUGUAACUAUGGUACAUAACAUUUCCUUAUGAAUGUCCCAAUAAAUGUGGACAUAUACAAAAAUAGCAAAUAUUUAGCAAAUAUGUGCGCAGCCACUUAUGCUCUGCAAAAAUGACAGCAUUGGCUGUCAUUUUGAAACUAAAACAAAAGCGCAAAGAAAUUAAAAAUCUCCAGCAGCCCAAGUGAGGAGAAUGACCAAGCCCCUCAAGGCUAUGAAAUAAAAAAAUAAUGUAUAAGGCUUUGUCUGACCUGCCUGACACUUGCAGCAUCUGCAACCUCCACCACUGGGGCCUCAAGUUCAGCAUCUGCUUCCCUCAAACCCUGUAAUCUUUCCUCUGUAAGUUCAACAUCCAUUACGGAGAGCUAUGUUAUGUAAAACACAAGAAGCCAGGAUGAUAUUGCUAACCUUUCUCAGCAGUGUAUUGUAGUGUUCCCCCAGAGAAAUCCAAACAUUGGAAUCACAUUAUGAGGAUUCCAAAUGUUCGCUCAAUUAUAGUACGAGCACAUUUAAAGGAACAGUGUCAUUAGCCACCGCUUCAGUGGAUACCCGUUGUCCUCUAUCAACCAGCCCUCAGACUCAUCCUGCUGAAACACAGCUGCCGCCUGCAAAUUAGCAAAGGUAAAGUCAUGAGCAGAGCCAGGGUGGUUUGCAUACACAUUUGUGAUGUAGUUGUUGGCAUCACACACUUGCAUGUUGACAGAAUAGGUCCCCUUACGAUUUAUGUAGAGGUGCCUAUUCUGUGUUGGUGCGUGUAGCUGCACAUGUGUGCAGUCGAUAGCUCCCAGGACACCAGGAAACCCAUACCUCCCAAGAAAACUCUGCUUUGUAUUUUGUUGCAGCUCGUGAGAGACAGGGAAAUGGAUGAAUUCUCCUGCCUGCUUUACUAAAGCUGCAGGUACAUCUCGCACUGCACAUGAUACAGCCGACUGGAGUAUACUGUAAUGGCCUUUUAUUAUGCGUUUUUCAUGUAUGAAAAAAAAUACGCAAACAUUUUUGGCAUGAAAUCAAAUUACACUAACAAUACAUACUUUGUAUAUUGCAACAGGUCACCAACAUUUCUGGAGCAAAAUAGGUUUUGGUGUGUGAUUCGUCAAAUAUUUUGGUCGCAAAUAUUUAUGGCUUUACAGUAACCCACUACACUUUGGAACAAGCCAGUGGCAUAAAAUGUUAGUGCAGCAGGUACCCUUACUGCUACAGACAAACAGUGUGCUCUCCACAUGUCUCCUUCCAGUCAGCCUGAAGCAGUUGGCAGAUGUCGGCGAUUGUUUGUCUGUUGAGGCAAAAUUGCUGCAUACAUUGUGUGUUAGACAGGCUCAGAAAAGACAGAUGACUUCUAAAUACGUGUGGACGUCUCCUCCUCCUCCUCUGUCUUUGUCUGACCACGUAGAAAUCCAGUGCACACUCCAUAUUUCUUAUUUCUCUUUUUUCUCUCUUCUUUACCUGCUUCCCUGGUAGUUUCAGCAGUAUUUAUACUCGACCAUGUAAUUUGCGCACAGUUUAGACCUGGUUUUCACAUAUUAAUUGAAACACAAAUGCUAACACAUGGUUUGCUAAAUCACCACAUUUGUAUGUAAAUGAGGACACUCCCCUAAAGUUCAGCCCAUGUCCAACUCUAAUGUUGACUUGCUGCAUGGGCACUAAAACACAGUUGCUAUAUCACAUAGGUGGGCAAAGAUUUUGGCGCACUAACUGUCUGCAAAAGUGUUUUGUGAUUGCCUUAGGGGUCUACGCCUAUCCUUACAUCACCCGUUUAAUCUGUUCAAAGAACAGAUACAAAACGUAAAUCAGUCCAUCUGGCUUUGAGAACAGGAGAGUUACCACCACAACUAACUAAAUUCUGCCCAGAGAAAUCAUGUCUCUAUGGCAGCCUCACUACACAUUGAAAGAAAAGUUCAUAUAAUAUCAUUAUAAAUGACUUGAGUAAUAAAACAAGUAUGAAGCUGUAAAAUGAAAGAUACAAUCAGUCUUUUACACGGGCCAGUCGGAUACCUUUUCUCUUCUUGUAGCUAAAAAAUUAUUUUACAUUUUGAUCGAAAUUUUAAAGCAACAUCACCCCCCUCAGAUCCUUAUUAAGCAAUAGAACCCUAUGGCUCAGAGAGAUUUAAUGGCACGAGGUAGGUCUUACCAGCUAUUAGAAAAUGGAUAUGUUUUAAAAAAAAAAAAAAAAUUCUGUUUGUUUUUUUCUGUGAUUUUAUGCAGAACUAGUUUUUGUUGCUAAUGAAUACAUGAGUAACGUGGUUUGUUCAGAAUUCCAUCUGUGGUCUGGUAGCCUUCACUCAGGCUUCAUUAUCCCAGUGGUGGACUAUGUCACAUCGUAGGUAUUUCCAAUAGCCUAAAUGAUACCUCAAUACUAAAAAAAAUAAAUAAAUUCAUGCAUGGAGCUGUUCUUCAGUUCAGGUACCUCUACAGAAAAGCAAACAUGGUUUCUGAACUGUUUGUAAAACAUGUAAAAGAAUAAAAGUACAGCUAACUUUUUAUUUUUUUUAAUUAGGAUUUGAGUGCAGGUUUGUGUAUUUGUGUUUCAGUAUUUAAGUUACCGUUCGGUCCUAAAAUGUAUUGACAAAAAAAAAAAAAAAAAUAGUUGUCUGUGUUAAUGCUGACUGUGCUGUUUGUUCAGUAACUUGUAUUUAUAUUUACAGUGCCAUGAAAAAGUAUUUGCCUCCUGUCUGAUUUUCUGCAUUUUUGCACAUUUUUCACAUUGUAUUUGGUCAGAUAUUUUUGUGGGUUGUAGUAGUAUAUAGAGGGAGUGUGAGAGAAAAAAUGACACCAAAGUGGUGCUUCUUUCAUUUGUUUGGUGUGCGGUAAUCAAACAUGCAAUCUUCAGGUGUG